GUUGAUUUAAAGCAAGAUGGCGGUGUGGACGCCGCUGUCUGUUAAGAUGUCACCCUCAGCCUCUUUGGGCUGCGUUUUGCUUCGGAAAGAGCAACAGUUCUCCAAAAAGCUGCUGAAAACCUUGCCGGGCCUUUUCAGACGAGGCUACGCCGUGGGAGCUCAACAUGCUGCGGCGGAGGUGGACACGAGCGGCUUCAGCGGCCCCCUGGACCACUACAGCGGGCUGAUUCGGGAGGGCGCCCUGCGGGAGGACGAGCAUCAGAGAGCAGUGCUGCUCAAACUGGACCAGCUGCACAAAACACUCCGAGGAUACAGCAACACACCCACGUCCAUCUUCCAAAAGUUUUUCACCAAGCCGAAGCCCCCGAAGGGUUACUACAUUUACGGGGAUGUCGGCACGGGCAAAACGAUGGUGAUGGACAUGUUUUAUUCGCACGUGGAGACGGACAAGAAGAAGCGGGUGCACUUUCACGGCUUCAUGUUGGACGUGCAUAAACGAAUCCAUCGACUGAAGCAGAGUUUGCCAAAGAGGAAAGCGGGGAAAAUGGCCAAAUCGUACGACCCCAUCGCGCCGGUCGCCGAGGAGAUUAGCGAGGAAGCCUGCCUGCUCUGCUUUGACGAGUUUCAGGUCACAGACAUCGCUGACGCCAUGAUCCUCAAGCAGCUCUUUGAGAAUCUCUUCCUGAACGGCGUUGUCGUCGUGGCAACGUCCAAUAGGCCCCCUGAAGACUUGUAUAAAAACGGGCUUCAGAGGGUCAACUUUGUGCCUUUUAUUGCCGUACAGCAGAAAUAUUGCCAAACUCUUCGUCUGGAUUCUGGCAUCGACUACCGCAAGAGGAACCGACCCUCCGCAGGGAAACUUUACUUCCUCUCCAGUGAACCUGAUGCAGAAGCAGCGCUGGAUAAAAUGUUUGAUGAGCUGGCCUUUAAGCAGAAUGACAUAACGCGGCCGAGAGUCCUGAACGUCCACAACAGGAAAGUGCGUCUGAGCAAAGCAUGCGGGACCAUUGCAGACUGCACCUUUGAGGAGCUGUGUGACAGACCUCUAGGAGCUAGCGACUACCUGGAGAUGUCCCGUCUGUUUGACACCUUCUUCAUCCGCCACAUUCCGCUCCUGACGCUCAACAAGAAGACUCAAGCUAGGCGACUCAUCACGCUUGUGGAUGCCCUGUACGACCACAAGGUGCGUGUAGUGGUCCUGGCAGACCACCCACUGGAGGAGCUCUUUGUCCACGAGGGCGACCACCACGCUCACGACGAAAGCCACAUCCUCAUGGACGACCUGGGACUGAAACGAGAAGAAGCCAGCAGCCUGUCCAUCUUCAGCGGAGAAGAGGAGAAGUUUGCCUUCCAGAGGACCGUUUCCAGACUUACUGAGAUGCAGACUGAGGAGUACUGGCUGGAGGGCGACCGCAGCGCCAAGUCCAAAUCCUAACACGUGGUGGGGAAAGCAAAGGGAAGCACUGCUCACUCCCUCCCCCCCUGACUGCGACUACGUCAAAGACUCCGUGUUGUACAGAAAGUAUUUAUUGCAAUUUUUUACCAUGACGUUGAACUUUACACAGCAUGGACCUUUGCUUCCAACGCUUUCAAGAACAUUUGAUCAAUGCACUCAUCCCUCGCUAUAUCACCAUUUUUCAAAAAGUAAGUAAUAAAUGAUGGCUGUGUUGUGGUUGGAUGGCCUGUUGGCCAAAAAACAUAGAAAGACCAGCUCUAUGUGUCAGUAACGUCAGAUCACCUGACCUUUCACACUGCAUGGAGACUGGCUACUGAGCGGACAUGCCCUGGCAUUCCUCACAUUCUGUGUGGAAGUGGUAAGUCUUUGUCCUUCUUCCCACUCAGUUUGAAACACUUUCUUAAAGGAAAAGUGCAAUUUUUGUGUGUGGGGGGGGAAUUUUGCCCAUCAUCCACAAUCCUUAUGUGUGAGACAUGAACACGCGGCUUCCUCUCUUCUGUGCAUUCUACAGCUAUAAAAUCAGCUCAAAAGAGGCAGCUAAGAAUGCACGUAAUGGGACGCAACUCUUCCGCCUACGAACACAAAUUGACAAGCUAAUAUGAUGACAGAUGCUAUCGCUAUGCGCUACUUCAUUUGGUCGUCAUUUUACCUCGGAAUGCUUUAAAAAUAAAGCGGGCCGAGCAUCAAAGGCAAAACUAAAUAAAGUGACAUAUGUCACGUGCCAAUUAUGUUUAC